AUGCAGAAGAGUCUCUCGUCGGGCCUUGGUCAACUGACUGAGCUUGAUAGUAGUAUUGGCCCUGUUGUUAUCCACCAGAAGGCGGUCAUGAAGAGCCUCGAGGUAAUCGUGGAUAAUGGAUCUGGGAUGACACCAAUGCCAGUCCGCAGUGCAGCGCAGUCGCCCAAGGAAGAGGCGCCGUCAACAGGAGCGGAGGGGAAGCAAGGAACCGGGCCGCGUCCAAAUUACUCGGUGCUCGUUGCCAGACUCGCUAUCAUCACGCUCUUUGCUGUGUCCGUCAGCCUCUUAACCAUAUUCACGUGGUUCUGGACGUCUCAGAGCACGAAGAAUGCUGUGAACAGCCUCGGGUCGUCUAUCAGGCAUGAAAUCCUCAACCGCUCAGCCGGACACAUGCUCCGGGUAUUGUCUGACCAGGCUGCGGCACUUCAUUCGACUGAAGAGGCAUGUUACUACCAGUAUCAGCUGACGGGAGCUGUCAUGGGCGAGCAGAUGCGGAGGCAAGUCUGGGGUGUCGUAUCCAACCGGAACUACGAUCUGAAGUGUUCAACGCAUGAUGGGUCGGGCAAGUACUCUUACGUGAAUCCAGAAACAGUAUCCGGGGUGCGGAGAUACACAGAGGUCUUCUCAAACACGACUACGCCCCUCGGGGGGUGGCAAAUGGCUUACAAAGUCUCCCUUGACGCCAAUGGCCAGCGUCUGGGGCAAGCCGCACCGUUUGAGACCGUUCCCGACAAGCGGCUGAGACCGUACUACACAGGCGCUCACAAUCUGUCCGCUGGGGACGUGUUUUGGAGCACUCUCUACUCAGAUCAGCAGUUUCCCGUUAUGGUCGCUUCCACUCCCCUGAGGGACAACGUGUCUGGGACUUUCCUGGGGGUCAACGCCGUUUCGCAGGCGCUCAGAGACCUGAGCGACUACAGUUCACUAUUCGACCUCAAAGGGGGAGUAUUGUACUUCAAAACGGCCGACGACGUUCUGCUCGCGAAAUCGGGGCCGAUCGACGACUUUCUGAUAGGAGGUCGCCUGCGGAGGGCCAACGAGUCAUUAAACCCUACUGUUCGGGCUGCAGAGGCUUUCGUGACGGAGACGUGGGGUUUGCAGCACCUGCUCUCUACUAGGACGGAAGCUGCUGACGUGACUCUGGGCAAGUUGCGAUAUUAUGUAGACACGGUGCCUAUUCGGCUCAACAAUCUCAUGGUCGUCGCUGUGGUAGCAAUCCCACGAACAAGCAUUAUGGGGGUCAUCGACGAGCGGAGCCGCGCCACCGUGAUCUUCCUCGUCUCUCUGUCCGUUGCCAUCUUCGCUCUGGGGUGCGUACUGGUGGUCUUCUUCACGGUGCGCGUCUCAAGGGAAGUGAAGCUCAAGGCCGAACUAGACGCGGCGAAACGGCGGGCGGAAGCGCACAGUCAGGCCAAGAGCAUGUUCCUGAGCAACGUGUCCCACGAGUUGCGGACUCCAAUGGCGGGGAUCAUGGGGCUGCUGGACCUCUUAGCAGCUGAAGAGCUCCAGCCAGAACAGGCCGUCAACGUGGCUCAGAUCAAGCAGUGUGCAACGAGCCUCUUGGGCCUCCUCAACAACUUGUUGGAUCUCGGAAAGAUCGAAGCGGGGCGUCUAGAAUUAGAGAAGGCCGACUUCGACAUCACGGCCGAGCUCGAGUCCAUUGUCGACAUGUUCGCGGUGCAAUGUAGCAAGAAAGGUAUUGAAAUUGGUCUUGAUUUGCCCGGGGACAUGGACCGGUUAGUGAAAGGCGACCAGGCUCGGGUGCGACAAGUGGUCGUCAAUCUGCUGUCGAACGCCGUCAAGUUCUCGUCGGUUGGCGGGCACAUUCUCGUCAGGGCAUGGCCCAUCCCCUUUCCCCAAACCGAGCUUGCGCCUGCCGGCCCCCCCGACUCGCCCAACGCAAAGACCCCCCGAGAAAACGGCGGGUGGUUUUCGCCCUGCUCCCCAUCCCCAAAAUCGGCUCCCCCGGUUCCUUCCGCGGCGAAAAGGGGGUACACUUUUGAGGUGGACGACAGCGGGAUAGGGAUCCCCCCGGAAAAGCGGGAGAAGGUGUUUGAGAACUUCGUGCAAGCCGAUUCCUCUACCACGCGAACGCAUGGCGGGACGGGGCUUGGACUGGGCAUCGUUCGGUCGCUUGUUCGAAUGAUGGGUGGAGACAUCCAGAUCGUAGACAAGGACGGGCCGGGUACGCUGAUGCGGUUCACCAUCUACUUUGAGGAGUCAGAAACGGCAGCGGAACAGCCGGGAACAAGCCUGGAUGACGUCAGAGAGGGCCACGUGUUUCUGGCGAUGGAGGGCGACGUCGGGCGUGGCAUUGCCGAAAGGUACCUGACGGCCCAGGGGCUGACUGUGCAAACGGUACGAACGCUGGGAGCACACCCGUCGGAGCUUCUUGCCGGUCAUGAUGUGGAAGCGGGACAGCCGGUAUUUAUGCUUCUUGAUGCGAGCGCUCUCGACGGCGCGAUCUUGGGCGACCUCCGCAACUUACAAGCGUUUCUCGCUGAGUUGUCUGCGCUUCAACACAAAGCAAGCAUCGCUUGGCUAACUUCGCCGUCUACCCCCAGUCCUGUCAGACAGCUGCUGAAGUCCGCCUUCCCCGUUGCAAGCAAACCUCUCUACAAUACCCGCCUCUCAACUCUCCUUCGCUUGAUGAUCGCCCGGUCAGGCGCUUCGCCUUUCUGCAACACUCCCGAGUCUCAGCACGAAGAGACGCUUCCCCUAGAGAACCGUAACGUAUUCGGAGCCGUUUCCGGAGCCGACACGGCUUCAGAACUAAGUGCUGGAAGCGACUCCUCAAGAUUUACGGAAACUUCGAGCCUUCUCCCUACAUCACCGCUAAUAUCGCCUCUAGGAGGAGCUUUAGGCACACACUUAAAGCCAGCUCCGAGGUCCUCGUCCCAUGCCGAGGCGUCAAGCUUAGCAGCAGGCGGGCGUCAGACCCCUCUCCGACGUGCGCAGUCGCAACCCCUGGCCGGCCUGCGAGUCCUUGUCGCUGAAGAUACGCCCAUCUUGCAGAAGCUUGCUGUUAAGAUGCUGACAAAGCUGGGAGCGUCGGUGCAUUGCGUUGAGGACGGGCAACAGGCAGCUGCGGCUGUCAUUGGGUCGGGCGAAGCGAACCAUCAAAAUGCAUUCGAUGCGGUUUUGAUGGAUUGUCAGAUGCCAAACGUGGACGGGUAUCAAGCCACAGAAGCGAUCCGGCAGGCCGAAGCCGGCUUGGGGCGUUACACUCCGAUCAUUGCGCUCACGGCACAUGCCAUGGCGUCGGACAGAGACAAAUGCUUGGCAUGCGGCAUGGACGGCUACCUUAGCAAACCCAUCCUACAAAAAGACCUUGUGUCAACUUUGACAUCAGUCAUUAAAGACAGGAAGAGGGAGACUUGACGAAGAUCAGGUAUAGGUGCAUUGUAAGUAAGUGAAUGUCAUCAAUAGCGGAAGCGUCAAAACUCAAUUGUGAGUACAGGUGCACUGCAUAAUGGUCAAGUAGUUGCAUGAUCAGCGGAUUGGUCAAAUACGUUUCGGGUAUCCACUUGCAUUGAGGGUGUAGGUGCACAAGGUUGGUCCGGAUUAGUGGCUCUUGUCGAUCUUCACCUCCGGGAUUUGACGAGCACAUAGAGAGCAUAAAACGCGAAUUGGGGGUUUGUCGAUGGCGGUGUACGUUGGCGGCUUCUUGUUGACUAGGUACUGCAUCAGUCCGGUACUAUAAGUGCAGUUUUAGUCAGCAAAGAAACAAGUACUGUACGUUGGACAUGACGCGACGAAACUAAUGAUUGCCCAUUACACGUUGGAUGACUUAUUUGCGGAAAGUCGCAAAAAAAGUACAUGCAUCUAGAGGUCGACGGUCCACCCUCUCUCUAGCUAUUAGACGGUCCUAUAGCGGUCUAGGCUCUAGAGUCUAGCAGGCUAGCCUAGAACUCUAGCGAUCUAGGACAAGGAUUUUACCGGGAUGUCCUUGUGCAGCUCGACC